CACUGUGCACUUUAUUCUAGAGAAGGAAUGAAUGCUUUCCAGAUUUUCUGGUCUUAUGGAAGUAUGAUAGAAUUUAUGGUGCAACUGGAGAGUUGUCGGGGUGGGGGGAAGAGAGGGAUAAGGGCACGCAAGGGAGAGGCCGCGCGUGCAACCGCACAUUGCAAGGCUUGGGCUGCGGCGCCCGGCGCAGGGUGCACGAAGUGGGCUUUUAUGCGCUCCGCCCGCAGGCGUGGGAGUGGGUGCGCGCGGGUUCCCAGAGCCGCGGCGGUGCGUGCUGGGGGCGCCUUGCGUCCGCGGAGCCGACAACGGGCGGUUUGCGGUUCCCCACGCGGGUACCGGGCUGGGGGCGGAAUCCAGUGGGCAGCUACGCUCAGGUGUAGCGCACGGACGAGUGCGCGCACCUCCAGCCUUGUGGAGUUGAAGGCAGAGCUCGAGAUGGAGGACAGGUACGCAAUACCGCCUUCAGCGCUGGGCAGGCUGCACAGUGUGGGCUUCUGGGAGGCCGCACAGAGGAAUAAGACUGCCUCCUUCCACCAUGUGAACCUCCUCCCAGAGGAUGACAGCGACCUCUACAUCUGUGACAUCUUCCCCCCCCACCUUGUGUCUGUUGGUAUAGACAAGUCCAGCUAUGAGUGGAUGGAGGGAGGGGGCCGCCUGUGGGGGACGGUUGGCCAGACCCUGCGCUUCCCUGGAUGCUGCCCUGCCCAUCUGCUCCCCUACUGUGGCUUCCUUGGAGGCAUGUUUGCCCCGUGCCCCAUUCGCUACCUGAGGAUAAACGGCUUCCCCAACUCCCACCGGGGCUGGGAUCAUGAGGAUGAGGACAUGGCUGCCAGGGAAGGGGGUGCUGCUUGAGGAGCCCACAGGGAGCCGCAGGUCCCUCCACGGCGUGGGGGGCGCAGGCCACCUGGCCUCCCUGCCCUCCCCCCUGUAAGGCUGCAAAGACACUCCUCUUACCACCCAGUCUGUUCUCCGGCCACCACCGUUUGCUGGAGGGCCGGGACCCCUGCCAGGAGCAGAGCCGCCAGAGGUAAACUGGGGUUGGAGGUAGAAUGUUCUGUCUUGGGCGGUCCUUAAGUCCUGGGCUCGUGUGGCUGCCCCUCUCCCCAUCCUGGCUUUUUGGCCCCAGUCAGCUGCAGAUGGCAUGAACUCCUAGGGCUCCAGGCUGCUCUCCAAGGAGCUACAGCCCGUCCACACCAGCCUCCCCAUGGACAUCAACUUCACAGCCCUAGGAGCCCCAGUGCCAAGCUGAGGGUUUGCUGGAGGCUGGAACAGAAUCCCCGGGACCAGAGCUCCCACCUGGUUUCUUACUAAGGAGAGCUGAUUUUACUCACUUCUCCCCACCAGCCUUAAUCCCCCGCCUUUCACUUCCACGCAUCUGUUGGUUCCAAGUGCUUAACACGGACCUUCCCGUUUACUUCUCACAGAAGGACGGUUGGCAUCGUCCUUCUGAAACCCAGGAAUUAAACACUUGCCCAACUGACGCAGGAUCAGAUACAGGUGCCUGGCUCCUGGGCCUGUGUCUGACAACACUAUGCUAUUCUUUCUUGUAGCAAAAAAAAAAAAAAAAAAAAAGUGGGGAAGAGUAAAACCUGUGAGGCUGGUUGAAUAUGUUAGAGCGUGUUCACCCUACAGCAUAUGGUGCAGCCACCGAACGGACGUGUUGCAGCUCGAGAAGAACGAGGCACACACGCCUGUGACAGGAUCCGAUACUGACAGAACCAAGGACGGAGCUCCGACACAGGUGUAGGAUUAUGAGCAUAGGGAUGAGUGUGUGCGGACACAAGGUGCUGGCAAUCUCCUUUAAGGGCCGGAGGGUAAAUAUUCUCGGCUUUGCAGGCCACGUGGGCUCUGCCACGGGUUACUCGCGGCCGCCACACACAAACAGAUGAACGUGGCUGUGUCUGGUAAAAUUUUUAUUCAAAAAACCCGGGUGGGUAACCCGCUUUGGCCGAUGGCCAGUUUGCUGACCCUGGGGAAGUGACCAGGAGGCUGUAUAAAAAUGGGAAAAAGUUUACACCGAAAGGUUGACGCUGGUUAUUUACGGAGAUGCUCGCCAGAAGUGGUGGGGGUGGAAAGAAGUGGGGAGGGGAGAGCUGGGCUAGUCGUGUAAGAG